AUGGCGCGUGUGAGCGUGCUGCGGCAGUACAUGGCCAGCGUGUUAGUGAACCUGCUCGGUGUCAGCUAUGGCACGAUCAGUGGCUGGACGUCUUCGGCACUGCCCAUGCUGCAGGGAUCCACGGAAAACCCGCUGGCAUACGGGGCCAUCACGAUGCAUCAAGCGUCCUGGAUCGGUGGCAUGCUGUGUCUCGGUGGUAUCGUGGGAACGUUCGUGGGAGGAGCGAUCGUUGAGAGACUCGGAAGAAAGUGGACGGCUUGGAUAGCUGGAUGGCCACUUGUAGCCUGCUGGGGCAUGAUCAUUGUGGCUAACCAUCCUGGGUACCUAAUGGCGGCCCGGUUUCUUGGUGGAUUGUCCGGUGGCAUCGAUUUCGUCGUUACACCGCUCUACGUCGCGGAAAUUGCGUCCACAAGCCAUCGAGGCGCGCUGUCCUCAAUUCUCAUGCUGUCCUGCUGCGUCGGUGUGGUUAUCGCCUACGUAGCUGGAGCCUUUCUGCACUACUACGUCAUUCCGUGGGUCUGCAUCACCGUACCGGUGUUCUUUCUCAUCACUUUCUGCUUCCUACCGGAGUCUCCCUCGUAUCUCGCCAAGGUGCACCAACUGCAGGCCGCCGAAUCUUCACUCCGAUAUUUCCGCGGCAUUCAGUCAGAGAAGGAUGCUGUCACAGUGGAAGAGUACGUCCGAGAGCUUCGCCACCUUCACCAGACGCCCACUGGCUCCACAGCAUCGAAGGAAUCGUCCCAGCUCGCGUGGAGUGAUUUUGCCACAUGGCAUUCCCGGCGAGCUUUCGUCAUCUGCGGGGCGUUGAUGGCACUCAAUCAGUUCUGUGGCAACUUCUACCUGCUCAACUACGCCCAGUCGAUGUUUGACGAGUCCGGUUCCGGGCUGAGUCUGCCGGCGAGCCAUUCCGUCAUAGUGGUGGGGUUGAUUCAGCUUGCCGGCUGCUACGUCUGCACGCUCAUCGUUGAUCGUGCUGGCCGGAAGAUCCUGCUGGUCAUAUCGUCCACCGGGAUGGCACUCGGACAGAGUGUCUUCGCCGUGUACUGCUACGGCAAGGAACUGGGCCACGAUCUGUCGUCGUUCGGUUGGCUACCGUUAGUCUGCUUCUCGGUUGUAAUUUUCGUCGGCACGCUGGGUGUCGGGACGUUGCCAUUCGUCGUGCUGGCGGAAAUAAUGCCUCAGAAGAUCAAAGGAUUCGCUACCACGUCCUGCAUGGCGGCCAACUGGGCGCUUGCAUUCGUUGCGUUGAAGUACUUCUCAACGCUCGGCAUUCUCCUCGGUAUGCACGGAAUUCUCAUGUUUUUCGCGCUUUGCUCACUUUCCGGUGCCCUCUUUGUCAUGCUCGUGAUGCCGGAAACCAAGGGGAAAACCUUCCAGGAAAUACAGCAAAUGAUGCAACAGUAA